CCGCCCACUCCCCUGCCGGGGCCGCGCGACGCGGACCGUAGGCCCAGGCAGGUUGUUUGCAUACAAAGGCGGUCACGCGCGACUCGGAAGCGAUGGUGUGGUUGUGAAGAUUGUGCAAUUCACUCUUCAUCCUUCGGUCCCUAAUCUGGGUUUUGUGAGUGGACUCAGGCAGGUGAGGACUGUACAGAGACAGGAAUACAGUGGGCGCGCCUGCAACCCCUGAGCAGGGCUCAGACCAUGAACUACGUGGGGCAGCUGGCUGGCCAGGUGUUUGUGACAGUCAAGGAGCUCUACAAGGGACUGAACCCCGCCACCCUGUCCGGGUGCAUCGACAUCAUUGUCAUCCGCCAGCCCAAUGGGACCCUCCAGUGCUCCCCGUUCCAUGUCCGAUUCGGGAAGAUGGGUGUCCUGCGUUCCCGGGAGAAAGUGGUUGACAUAGAAAUCAAUGGGGAAUCCGUGGACUUGCACAUGAAAUUGGGGGACAACGGAGAAGCGUUUUUUGUGCAAGAGGCGGAUAACGAUCAGGAAGUGAUCCCCAUGUAUCUGGCCACGUCCCCCAUCCUGUCGGAGGGUGCCUCACGCAUGGAGUGCCAGCUGAAGAGGAACUCGGUGGACAGAAUCAGGGGCCUGGACCCCAGUGCCCCCGCCCCAGUCCUGCCCCCCAGUGAGGCCCUGUCCAGCAGCUUGUUAGUGAAGAAGAGGAGGAAGCGGAGGCGGAAGUCCCAGCUGGACAGCCUGAAAAGAGAUGAUGCCACCAACACGUCCGAGGACGAGGACAUGUUUCCAAUGGAGAUGAGCUCUGACGAGGACUCGGGGCUGCCCGACAACAGCAGAGCGCUUCCUGACGAUGCACCACCAUUCCAAGAUGAAAACCCUAAGGAAAACCCCCCCUCAGUCUCACUGUACCCGCAGUCAGCUUCGUACCCCAGUUCAGACAGAGAGUGGUCCCCCUGCCCCAGCAGCCCAGUGGACUGCACCAGGAGCUACCCUCACCUUGAGGAUGCCGCCGAGGGAGGCCUCUCUAGCUCCUGCCCGCCGCCGUCUUCCUGUCUUCAUGCUUCGGAAAGUCCCUCAGGCUCCCGGCCUGCCACCCCGAAGAGCGACUCGGAGCUGGUGAGCAAGCCCAGCGACCGCGCGGUCCCCAAGAGCAACCUGGAGAUGCUCUGGCUGUGGGGAGAGCUGCCGCAGGCCGCCAAGUCAUCCUCUCCGCACAAGAUGAAGGAGCCCAGCCCCCUGAGCAGCAGGAAGAUCUGUGACGAAACCCACUUCCAGGCCAUCCACAGCGAGUCCUCGGAUACCUGCAGUGACCCGUCACCAGUGCUGGACCAGAGCCAGCCGCAGGCGGAGAUGCAGCUGGUGGCUGAGGAGGACCUCGAGGGCCUGGGAGCAGCCGCUCCACCUGUGCUGGUGACCGAGGAGCCCAAGCCCCCCGCUGCCAGCGGGGCUCAGAUGGCGAGCAAGACCGACUCUCCCCAGAGGAAAGAUAAGCGGAGCAGACAUCUGGGCGCCGAUGGGGUCUACCUGGACGAACUCACAGACAUGGACCCUGAAGUGGCUGCCUUGUACUUUCCCAGAAAUGGAGACCCCUCGGGGCUCCCGAAGCACACCAGUGACCUGGGACCCCGCUGGGCCAACCCGUCCCCGCAGUCGGUGGGCAGCUCGGGUGCGGACAGCGGCAUGGAGAGCACCACGGACGGCCUGCGGGACCCGCCGUCCAUUGCCAUCUCCCUGUGCGGGGGUCUCAGCGGCCACCGGGACGUCACCAAAGAUGCAUUUUUAGAGCAAGCUGUGUCCUAUCAACAAUUUGUGGACAACCCUGGGCUCAUCGAUGACCCCAAUCUUGUGGUGAAGAUUGGGAAUAAGUAUUAUAACUGGACUACCGCAGCCCCUCUGCUCCUGGCCAUGCAAGCCUUCCAGAAACCUCUGCCCAAGUCUUCAUGCUUAAGUUACCUUAUUGUAAUUUUGGAUGCCAUUAGAUUUUGUUUCUCUAAAAUUUUCAAUCCACAAAUAGCCACGGUGGAGUCUAUCAUGAGGGAUAAGAUGCCUAAGAAGGGAGGAAGAUGGUGGUUUUCGUGGCGGGGAAGAAACACCACGAUCAAAGAGGAGAGUAAGCCGGAGCAGUGCCUGGCCGGAAAAGGUCACAGUACCGGGGAACAGCCGCCUCAGCUCGGCAUGGCCACCAGAGUGAAGCACGAGUCGUCCUCCAGUGAUGAGGAGCACGCAGCUGCCAAGCUGGCCCCUGCCAGCCACCUCCCUCUGCUGUCCAGCGUCAGCUACAAGAAGACCCUGCGGCUCACGUCGGAGCAGCUGAAAAGUUUAAAGUUGAAGAACGGCCCCAACGACGUGGUCUUUAGUGUGACCACGCAGUACCAGGGCACCUGCCGCUGUGAGGGCACCAUCUACCUGUGGGACUGGGACGACAAGGUCAUCAUUUCCGACAUCGAUGGGACCAUCACCAGAUCAGACACCCUUGGCCACAUUUUGCCCACACUCGGGAAGGACUGGACCCACCAGGGCAUCGCCAAGCUCUACCACAAAGUGAGCCAGAACGGGUACAAGUUUCUCUACUGCUCCGCCCGUGCCAUCGGCAUGGCUGACAUGACGCGCGGCUACCUGCAUUGGGUGAACGAGCGAGGCACGGUGCUGCCCCAGGGCCCGCUGCUCCUCAGCCCCAGCAGUCUCUUCUCUGCGCUGCACAGAGAAGUGAUUGAGAAGAAGCCGGAAAAGUUUAAAGUCCAGUGUUUGACCGACAUCAAGAACCUGUUUUUCCCAAACACGGAACCCUUUUAUGCUGCUUUUGGGAACCGCCCGGCUGACGUGUACUCCUACAAGCAAGUGGGGGUCUCUCUGAACAGGAUCUUCACGGUCAACCCCAAGGGAGAGCUGGUGCAGGAGCACGCCAAGACCAACAUCUCCUCGUACGGGCGGCUCUGCGAGGUGGUGGACCACGUCUUCCCGAUGCUGAAGCGGAGCCACUCUUCCGACUUCCCGUGCUCGGACACGUUCAGCAACUUCACCUUCUGGAGGGAGCCGCCGCCCCCCUUUGAAAACCAGGGCGUCCAUUCAGCCUCCUCGUGAAGGAAUCGGGCGGCCUCCUGCGACAGUGCUGCAGGGAGCCGGGGUCCCAUUGGCCGCCGGGAGCCCACUGUGCCUGCGGUGCCGCCCUGGCUUAGCGAGAAAGAACGGAGCCAGGCUUCCUGCGCUUCCCGCCCACGCUGCGUGGGCUGACAGCUUUAAAUGCAGUGCCGGACCCUGCAGUGCAUCCGCAGUCGGCCGUGCAGUGCUGUGCUUGGGUGUCACCGUGAUCAGGCCGCACGCCAGCCUGCUCCAGCGACUGGCUCUAGAUGUGCAGUAGGGGUCCCGGGGCCGUCCCUGGGGUGCCAGUGCCCCCCGAAGGGCCUGUAGGGCAGGGCAGCACGUUUCCCUGCUCGGCAGAGUCUCCUGUGGCCCUAGUGGGUGGGGGCCAAGGGCUCCAUCCCUGCAGUCGCUUGCUAGCGCUUAGGUGUUGCAGCCUUUCCCUCCUGUGGUAAAGACGCUGUGCCCUCUCUGCAGCUCAGGGCUGGAGUCUUCUGCCUUAAUUCACCCGGGGUGCGGCAUCUCGUGUAGAGCUCACUCCCUCGCGCUCGCAGUAACUUUGCAUCGCCUUAAACCAAAACUACGGCAAGCAAACAGGCAGCGUUUUGAAGUCAGCUCAGCGCCCUCCAGAGGGGCUGGGGGUUGAGGGUGGGGUCUGGAGCGGAGCUUGAGGCCCAGACAUCACAACCUUGGUCUUUAUUGGGAAGUCUCGAAAGAGACGGGGUGGUUUUAAGACAGCAGUUUCAGGAAGUUGAGCCCUGUUCUUCGCGGUGUUAUUUAUCGCUUUACUCCCAUUGGGUUACUGCUGAAAGCCUUCCAGCCACGGGCUUUCAGUGACAAAUGUCACAAAUACAGUAAAAGAUGAGCAUGCCGGGCCAGCCGAGGGGCCUCCUCUGCCCGUCACACACUGUGCACCUUGUGGAAUUUACAAAUAAGUUAUUUUUCUUAGCUUUUCUUUCCCACUCAAAUCAAGGGCAGGGGGAGAAAGUGGUCACCGGAGUGACCUUUGGGCCGGUGGCAGAUGGUUCCUUCAUUUGUUUAGUAAGCUGCCUGGUGGAGAAGACAAUGUGAAAAGAUGAACUAUUUUGGUAAAAGAUUUCACUUUCGUUUUUGAGGUAUUUUUUUAAAGAGUGUGUUUUACUUCAUUGGCUGAAAAGCUUUCCUAUUUAAAUUGCGUUGUUAGAGUCUUAGGAGGCAAAAGAACAAACCAAACAGAACAGUCGAAGGGAAUGUUACUCUUUCUGUGAAAGAAAAUCCAGAAUCCUCGCCUUGGCUGGACUUGGCGGGCACUGGUGGGCCACGCGCGGGGACAGAUGGCUUUGUGGACACGCAGGACUUGGCAUCGCCUGUCGCAAAUUGCAGAUUCACGCCGAACACGGGUGUGUGCGAGCAUCACACUGUGGAGAUACUGAAAGCAAUUCAAGUAGCCCUGUCGGGCCGGGGAUUCAGCCCGGUGGUUCCGCCGCCUGCCUCACAAGCGCAAGGACCCGAGUGGGAUCCCGGUACCAAAAAUAAAAUAAAGUAGCCCUGUUUACCCAGCACCUCUGGGCUCAGCUGUUCUUGUGCACAGGUGGAAGGCACCGGCUCUGCUCCGGCAGUGAACUCUCAGGCCUGCGGGCCGCACGCUUCCUCCCUAGCCCCGGCAGGCGGCGCUGUUGUGCAGCAGCGGGGCAAAUCUGUGGGGUGAUUUACCCUCCUUCGGGCCUCUGUGGUCCUCUCUUUCCAUCCUGAUCACCCCACAUUGCACCGCAACGCCUCCCGGCCAGCAUCACACCCAAAGGUCUCCACCAAGCUCACCGUGAGCUCGGCCGGACUGUGACCGGAAAUGGGGUCCGCGUGUGGGCGUCGUGUCCCCCACCCCGUUAGGGGAGUUGGCUUACCUGUAUCCUCUGCGGUCUGGGGUCCCCCGUGGUCACACGCUAGAUUAACUGUAUCUGGCCACAUGUUUCAAAGUUGCCGGCACAAACCAAUCCCCAGAGUCUCCAGAUGCUCCUCCACACGAAGAAAAAAAGAAACCGGAAAUGGAGCCAAAGGCUUACACCUCCAAGGAGAAUUCCCUUUGAAUUUGAGAUUCAGAUCACCACUUUAAAUAUAUUUAUUAACACCG